AUGAUAUUUGGCUACCUCCUUGGUCAACCCCGUCGCGACAACUUUCCCUCCUUCCCAGUCCAUCUUUUUCUGGCUGAAGUCUAUGUGGAGGCCUCUGUCACCGCCAAGCGGACACUUCUGCGAAUGAUGGACGCCUCAGUCUUUGAGAUCGGUCUGCACUCCCCCGACCUCCUCACCCUGGUGGAUGAAUGCCCAAUGGGCGCGGAGUCCCUGGUCACUCGCAUGCUCUCCAUCCUCACUGAUCCUCGCACCGUCUUCUCGCGUCUGCAACAACAACAGCAGCAG